AUGCCGGACGUGUUUCUAGUCCUACAAACCUCCUCUAAUGGUAGGGGUAGCGGCGGGGGUGGAGUGGGAGGUGGAGAAGGAGGAGGAGGUGCGGGUGGUGGUCAAGGAAGAAAUGUUCGUGGGAACAAGUGGGAGGAUGGCGUGAUCGUUGUAGCGAGGAAAGAGUUCGCGGAGCGGUAUAUGGGUGCUUGGGAGUGGCGAACGGUGGAGGGAGGUGCAGGAGAUGGUGCCGGCGGGAGGGGUGAGGAGGUUGGCAUAAAGGGGGAGGCGGGGAAACCGGAAGAGGUGGAAGACAUUGGGGGAAAAGGGUGGAUGGAGGGAGUUGCGGAGACGGGGUGGAUAGUAUCAAAGAUGGGGCUGGAGGACGCGAUGAUGGGGGUAUGA